AUGGCCAGCCCGUACAAGGCAGAGUAUCCGCCCAACGUGUCGGUCGAUGCCGACAUCGUCCAGUUCUUCGAGGCCUUUUAUCGAGUCUCGGACACGGCCGGAGCGCACGAGCAGUACGUCGACAUGCUCACGGAGGAGGCAACCUUUAUCAUGGCAUCGAAGCGGUGCCGGGGUCGCGACGGUACGAGUCCCUCUGCGUGGCCGGGUCCGACGCUGCUGACGUGCGGCGAAAAAGAGAUCCUCCCGGCGAGGAUGGCCAUGUGGACGGCGGUCGACAGUCGGCGGCAUACGAUUUCCAAGAUAGUUCCCUUUGCGAGCGGCGCCCACGAGUUCUUCAUCUACGGCGUCGUCUCCCUCGGCCUCAAGAGCGGCGGCAAGCCCGACGUCGACUGGGCCGCUCGAGCCGAGCUUGUCAAGUCGGCAGCGGACGGACGAUGGCGGAUGAAGUUCUAUCAAGUGUACCUGCUUUGUGAGGGCGAAUCCUGCCACCUGCUCGAGCACCUCCUCGACCGCCUCGACGCCAUGCCCGUGACCGACGCCCUCGAGCCGAAGCAAAAUUCACAUCAACCGUGCUCUGACCCGCGGCUCGCCUCGUGGUGGUCGCUCACGUGGCGUCGGCCGCAGCUUGUGAGCGCUUAUUUAUCCUGCCACCUGCUCGAGCACCUCCUCGACCUUCACAUCAACCGUGCUCUGAACCGCGGCUCGCCAAGUGGUCGCUCACGUGGCUUCGGCCGCGACUUUGUUCGCGAAUCCUGCCACCUGCUCGAGCACCUCCUCGACCGCCUCGACGCCAUGCCCGUGACCGACGCCCUCGAGCCGAAGCGAAAUUCACAUCAACCGUGCUCUGACCCGCGGCUCGCCUCGUGGUCGCUCACGUGGCGUCGGCCGCAGCUUGUGAGCGCUUAUCCUGCCACCUGCUCGAGCACCUCCUCGACCUUCGCAUCAACCGUGCUCUGA